CCCCAAAGACAGGCUGAUUAUGAGUACAUCUGUACCGAACACCUCCGAUGUGUUACCUCCCGUGUUGGUGUCGGUUUCUGUAGUUUUUUUAUUGGGGAUUUUGAUUGCUGUGUUGGUUUACAGUUACAAACACAAGAAGCACAAGACGGGAGACAGCUGUGUACAGGGUUCUAGGUGUGACCUGCUCGAGGAGAUGCAGGGCCGCGGCCACCACGGCUGUGACAACGAGACGUACACGGAACUGAAGACUGAAAAAUUACCACAUUCUGACGAGACAGUCUCCCAGCAGGGACACAAGAAUUUACCACAUUCUUACAAUACAAACACCCACGAAGGACUACAGAUUUCCAAAUGUCAGACAUCAAAUGGCAAAGUAAUGAUAGAAAACGGGGCAUUUCCAUGACAGAGAGUUAAAUUGUGAGUCAGUCUGAUAAAAGCCAACCCCUUUCCGUUAUCGUUUGGAGUAGUCCGAGAAAUCUGACGAUUUCCAAUUUUUUUUUACGAUUAAGAUAUAUUUUACAAACCAAGAAAACCUGUCAUGUAAAAUAUCAAAAUCGUAAAAGCCUGGAAAACAUCAGAUAUUUCGGACAUUUUUCGGAGAUGGAGGGCAGCGGAGUAUGUUGUAGUGAUGGGGCUGGUGUUAUUCAGACUGCAAUGUGGUUUAGCAAUCAUUUCUGCAAUGGAUGAGUAUUGGCAUAGCUAACAAAAAGGCAAGUGAUCCUGAGGAACACCUUGAUGAGCGGAUCCAGGCAAUGGUUGGAUUUUUUUGUAUUCAUUGUUGAGAUUGCUUAAAAAAAAUAGUAAGCCUUUAGAAUCCAUGCACUGUGGGCAUAUCUGGCAACUCCUACAUAUCAACUUUGUUGUGUGUUUUUGCAACAAAGUUCUCAUCUUUUUUUGUGAACAUUGGCAUGCAAUGUCUCGUUCUAAGGUAUUACUAUAGUAUGCCAACAAUUGUUAUAGAAUGUUAUAUAUUUUAGGGUAGAUUAGCUUUACUCCAGUUUACCCUUUUAAUCAAAAUUUACC